AUGCGCAAGACCGUCAGCAAGGUCGCUGACAACCUGAGCCAGUGGUACGGCCCGGAUCGCAGCCUCUUCCUCGGCCCGUUCAGCGCGCCGCCCGCGUACCUGAAGGGCGAGUUCCCCGGCGACUACGGGUGGGACACGGCGGGGCUGUCGUCGGACCCCGAGACGUUCGCCAAGAACCGCGAGCUGGAGGUGAUUCACUCGCGCUGGGCCAUGCUCGGCGCGCUUGGCAUCGUCUUCCCUGAGCUGCUGGCGCGCAACGGCGUGCCGCUGCAAGAGGCGGUGUGGUUCAAGGCGGGCGCGCAGAUCUUCUCCGAGGGCGGGCUCGACUACCUGGGCAACCCCGCGCUCAUCCACGCGCAGAGCAUCCUCGCCACGCUCACCGUUCAGGUGGCGCUCCCCUUCCUACGCUCGCGGUCAAUGUGCGCUCUGUUAUUCUUUCUUCCUCACAUAUCUUGCUUUGGCCCCACCGUGGUGCUGCUGGGCGCGGUGGAGAGCUACCGCGUGGGCGGUUUGGAGGGGUUCCAGGAGGUGGAGGAUCCGAUCUACCCGGGCGGCGCGUUCGACCCGCUGGGGCUGGCGGACGAUCCCGACGCGGCGGCGGAGCUGAAGGUGAAGGAGCUCAAGAACGGGCGCCUCGCGCAGGUGUCGGCGCUGGGCUUCUUCGUGCAGGCCAUCGUGACGGGCAAGGGGCCCCUCGAGAACCUCGCGGACCACCUCGCCGACCCCACCGCCAACAACGCGUGGGCGUACGCUCAGAACUUUGUGCCCGGCGCGUAG